AUGGCCUCCUCAGAGCAGUUACCGACUUUCAAACCUUUAUUUCAGGUCCCCACUUUCAAAAGUUUAGGACUCGAUCCACCUGCUGGCUUCCAUGAUGAGUCCUCCUCCGUUUACCUUGCUGGUAACUCUUUGGGCCUCAUGCCAAAGGCUACCAGACAAGCUUUGGCCGAUGAGCUAGAUGCCUGGGGAGCAAGAGGUGUAGAAUCGCAUUUCAAUCAUCCUGGGGAAAGAGCUGGGAAAACUUCGUGGGUCGACAUUGACCUUCCGCUAGUGCAGCCAUUGGCAAAACUUGUGGGGGCAACAGAAAAGGAAGUAGCAGCCAUGGGUACCUUGACCUCCAACUUGAACGCGUUGCUCACAUCUUUUUACAAGCCAAGUGGUAAGAGAACAAAGAUCAUGUUCGAGAGACACGCAUUUCCCUCAGACUACUACGCUUUUCUCAAUAUGGUCAAGUUGCAUGGCUAUGACGAAAGUCAUUUGAUUCAACUUGCGGUCGCUCCUGGGAAGCAUUAUUUAGAGACGGAGGAAAUAAUAGAAGUGAUAGAGAAGGAAGGCGACGAAAUAGCCGUUAUUUGUUUUCCUGGUGUUCAAUACUACACUGGCCAGUUCUUCAAGAUACCUGAAAUCACAGCUGCUGCUCAAAAGAAGGGAAUUGUAGUCGGCUGGGACUUGGCUCAUGCCGUGGGUAAUGUGCCCCUAAAACUUCAUGAAUGGAAUGUGGAUUUUGCCGUAUGGUGCUCCUAUAAAUAUCUCAAUUCGGGCCCCGGAGGCAUUGCAGGGAUAUUCGUACACGAGCGCCACACAAAGAACAACUCAAAAGUGAAUUAUCCUCCAAGACUCGCUGGAUGGUGGGGGAAUAAUGCUGCUGAAAGAUUUAAGAUGCUUGAAGUCUUUGACCCAAUCAACUCUGCCCUCUCCUAUCGUCAAUCUAAUCCGCUGGUGAUUGACUGUGUUGCAUUGAAGAGCUCUCUUGAUGUUUUUGAACUAGCGGGAGGGUUGGACAAUCUUAGAAAAACUAGUGUUUCUUUGACUGGCUGCUUGCUAACGCUUUUGAAGGGCAGCAAAUACUACAUCGAAGAUCCGCUGGACAAUGCACUGUUGGGAUUCAAGAUCUUGACUCCAUGUGAAGAAAGUGAGAGAGGAUGUCAACUUUCAGUGUUAUUCCAACCGCAUGAUGACGACAGAAGCAAGAAUGUUAUGGAACAGGUAAACGAGUACUUACACAAGCAUGCAAUCAUUUGCGACGAGAGGAGACCCGAUGUUAUUCGUAUUGCACCCACACCAUUGUACAAUACUCUUGAGGAUGUGAGAGUCGUGGUAAAGAGAAUAGUUGAGGCUUUAGAUGAGCUUUCGAGAAGCUAG